AAAUGCAUUGGAGCUCGAAUGUCGCAGCACAACACCAAAACACAGAGGAUCAAGAAUUGCAUCUCGAACUUGUUUUUUGUCUGCAUACAGCAUGAAAUAGUCGACGCUCGCCCUCACAGCAUUCGAAUUUGAGGAAAAAAAGGAGACAUGCUUCCCACAUCAGGAUAUUUCCGUGGCGUCUCCUGCCCAGACUACGAGAAAGGUCGAUGUCAUCGGCCUUUCUGCCACUUCCACCACCACCCUAGGAGAGAAACCAACACAAAUCAGUCGCAAAGUUUAACUUCCAAUUUGGAAAAUGCAGAGGAUGGAAGGGUUAUUAAUGAUGUCUCACAGGCCAAAAUAGCUACUGGAACACCUGCAUCUGAAGAUAUACCAACAUGUAGCAAAUCAGAGACCUCAGCUCCUAAGAGGGGAGAUAAUGCAGAAGAGGCAAGUGACACAGAAACAUCUGAAGCAAAUUCAGGCAACCAGUCAGAGCUACUGCAACAACUAGUAAGCGAUGCUGUCAAGAAAGCCCUGUCAGAAAACCCCCUUCUAGCUGCAGCGGGAGUUGAUCCCACUACUGUGAUGAAGAAAAUUGAUACAUCAGCCCUGAUUGCUCAGGCUUCAGCUGAGAUUACCCAGACCAAGACAAAGAAGAAGCUAUACCUCCGUCCGCCAGAUACUCCUAGUUAUAACCCCACACCAAUAGAAGAACUCAAUAAGCGUAAGAGAUCUGUAGAAGCCAGUGAUAAGGAAGUGACACCAUCCAAGGUUAUGAAGUAUGUCCCAUCUAAUCUAUCUGCCAGUAGUGUUAUUUCAGAUGUUUUGGAAGGAGAAGUUAAUACCAAAAGUUCUGUAGACAGUGAAGCUACAGAUUUCUCUUCUGAUGACGGUGAGGGUGACAAAAGAAGAGAUGACUUCGAUAUCCUAGAAGAGGUGCUUGCAGAACACUCACAAAAUAAUAAGAUUAAAGUGAAGAAAAAAAGAGUAAAGGCUCUUGGUAAGCUUCAGUAUAAUUUAAGCACUGCAGAGAAAACUAGCAAAAAUUCAACUGUGAUUUCAGAUGCACAAUGUAUGUCAAAUAUUGAUAGUAGUAGCUGUGAUACGUCAAAGAAAAAUUCAACUGAAAGUCAGGACAUGCCUGAAGGAUCUUAUUUUUUGCCCCCAUCUCCAGUUUUUACUUCAUCUUCAGAUGGAUUUGGAAUGUUUAAUAGCACUGUGUAUACUACUUCUAAAACUGAUAGUGAAAGUUGCAAAACCAGUGAAAAUGUACCUGCAAAAGAAGAGAAAGAAGUGAAGGAGAAAGAGGAAAAAGAGAUAAAUCCAGUAAAAGUUAACAAUCCAAUACAAAAAAGUGAGGUAAGUGUGAAGCCAAAGGAACAGCCAAGUAAAGAAGAAGUAAAAAAUAAAAGUAAAGGUCAUUCUUUGCUUCCCCAAGUUGUCCAUACACUCAGUGCCCCCAAAAUAUCUAGACGCAAUAUAAGAAACUGGACUCCGCAGGUUCGGAGCACAGUACCAGAAGUAAAAGAUACAGGUGAUCCAUUAGAAGAAAUAUUACAGUUAAUGGAUGGAGAAGAUUCACAGCAAACAGCUGACUCAAAAGAGGAUUCCAAAAAGACUUCUCAACAGAGAGUAGAAGCUUCAAAAACUGUUAAAAAGUAUAAAGUUGAUUUAGAUAAGGAAAUUCUAAGUUUAGCAAAUUUGUCAUCAAACAAAGAGGAAAUUAAACCACCUCCAACUGAAAAUUCAUCACAAGAAAAGCUUGAAGUAAGCACUACUACCAAUAGUGAGAAGCAAAAACUAAAAAAUACUGUUCAGGGAGAGAACUCAAAAGAAGAACAAAAGAUAUCAGAUAAGGAAACAGAAACCAAGGAUUCUCAGUCAGAGAAGAAAGAGAGAAAGAGUGAAAGUGAAAGUGAAGAUCCAGAUCUUGAUUCAGAUGAGGAAGAUGAUCCUGAGAAAGAUGAGAAGCGAAAUAAGGAAAACAAGGGAGGUGUUUCAGCCAAAGAUGAUGAGAGCAGUGAUUCUGAACAUAGACGGGGAAGACACAAGAGAAAGAGAAAGAGGGAUCGGUCAAGCAGCUCAGAUUCAGAACAUUCUUACCAUAGAAGAAAGAAGAAGAAAAGUCACAAACGACGUAGGAAAUACAGCCAUAGUAAAAAGAAAAGAAAACAUCGUAAUAGUAGAGGUGACUCAGAUGAUGAUGACAGUAAGGAUUCAAACAGAGAUGAAGAAGACAGUGUAGAUGAGAAGAGUGAUGCUAGUAGAGAGAACAGUGAGGAUGAAGAGUUAGAUAAGGUUAAAAAACAUAAGAAACACAAGAAAAAGGGAAAGCACCAUAAGAAAUAUAAAUACAAGAGAAGGAGAAGCAAAAGCAAGAAAAAGAGAAACCGAAGCCACAGUAGUAGUCGGAGUUCAAGCAGGAGCUCUAGUGAGAGCCGAAGUAGAAGUAGAAGCCACAGCAGAAGUCGUAGUGAAAGCCGUGACAGAAGUCGCAGCAGAAGUCAAAGCCAAAGCCCUGAUAAGAGAAGAAAUAAAGAUAAUCAGAAGAUAAGUAAUAGAAGGGAAAGUGAGGACAAAUUAAAACGAAGAAACUCUACAGGUGAUGGCCAAGGAAAUACCAAGGAUAAAAGCCAGCCAUUAUCAGUACCAAUGCCAGUUGAUCCAAGCAAAAUAAAAAUUGAAAAGGAGCCUACAGUUCCUGAUCUGUCAAUUGUCAAGAUUGAGAAAGACUUGGAACAGACUUCUGCCUCUGGCAAAAAAGAAGAGACUGAAAGUCAUGGUGAGAAAAGAAGUUCAGGUGACUCAAGCACUAAACAGGAGAGAAGUUCACAUUCGAAGCUUAGUAGUGACAUUUCUGUGAAAGAAAGUGAGAAAGCUAAACAGGGCUCAGAUAGAGAACACAAGAAGAGUAGGCAGGAUAGAAAAAGUAGUACAGAUAGCAUGUCUGAUAAAGGUUUCUCACAGAGGCGCCAAAGCACAGAAUCUAAAAAGUCAGAAAAUGAAAGCAUCUCAGGAAGCAGUAAACAAGGAAUAAAAAGAAGAGUUAGUGAAGAUUCUUGCAAGAAAGAAAAUAUUGCUCAGGAUUCUCAGGGUAAAGUCAUGUCUAUGUUUGAUAUGGUGAUUGCCAGCACUCAACAGGUACAAAAGCCAAAAGUUCUGAAGGAAAUCUCUAUUUUUGAUGCUGUGGCAGCUGCUGGUAUUGACUGCAGUGAUGACUCAACUGAAGAUGGUAUUGAUAGUACAGAGCCUUUUGUGAAUGAUGAUUCACUUAAUCAGAAGAGUGACACUCCUUCAAAAGGUAAAUCAGGCCAAAGUUCUAAAGCUGAGAAGUCAGUAGAUCGUUCAUCUAGUUCCAGCUCUCGCAAAGAUAACAAAAAUGAGUCAAAGAGAAAGCAUUCUUCUAGCAGUAGUAAAGAAAAGAGUAGUAGUCAUAAAAGUUCCAGUAGUCAUCACAGUAGUUCUUCCAGCAAGCACAAAAGCAGCAGUAAUUCUAACAAACACAGCAAUACUACUGUGAGUAGCAGUACUAGCAGCAGUAAGGAGACCCAUUCCAGUAAAACCAAAGAAAAAUCAGGUGUAACUUCUAGCAGUCACUCAAGUGGAAAUGCUAAACAUCAUAGCAGCAAACACAGCAGUAGUUCAAAGAGUCAGAAGAGCAGUAGCAGCAGCAGCAGCAGAAAGCAUAGCAGUGGAAGUCAUGGCAAAGAUAAAGAACACAGCAACAUUGGAAGCAGUAGCAGUAAAGCUGAUGGAAAAAUCAAAGAAUCUUCCAGAAAUAAAAGAUACUCCACAGAAAAUGAAGCAUCAAAUGGGAUUUUUGAAAGAGAAUCUUGUAAUGACGGAAGUGAUUCCCCACUACCAGACCUUUCUGCACUAGAUGAGAUCCCACAGGAUGAUUGGGAGCAAAUGAUUAACUCUAGUGAUAGAUAUGAUUUGCAGCAUUUAGAGAAUCUGGAUGACAAUGAUGAGGAUUAUGAUUUAGAUGACUUAGAUAAGGAUGAUCCAGCUAUAAUGGAGGAAUGCAUGAGGAUGUUCAACGAAUACCAACCUGAAGAUUCUCAGCCUCAGAUGUCAUCUAAGAAGACAAAAGCAGUACCAAAAGAAGAACCAGAGUCCCAUCAAGGAAAGCACCGUGUUGCUCGUUCAUCAACAGGAAAUUUAGUUGCCAAGAAACCAGAGAAAGGGCCUCGCAGAUUGACACCAGCUCAGGUGAUGAUGGAAAGAUAUCAGAAACUGAAGGAGCAGCAGGCAGAGUUGAUGAAGCAGCUGAAGAAACAGAAGCAACAGCUUGAUGAGCAAAAUCGUGGUCGGUCAUCAUCUUCCUCUGCAGUGUCAUCAACUACCUCCUCCAAACCUUCAUCUUUCCCAGCAUCAUCAUCAACAACUGUAAAAUCACCUCCAAUGUCAUCUUCAGGUGGGUCAAAGCGACGCAUAUCUCAUGUGCCAAAUGUGUCGUCGCUGUUACAUGCGCGGGAAAAGAUCAAGAACCUGCCACCCACAAACUCAAGAGCUCUCCUCUCCCCAAGUGUGGCUAAAGCCUCCGGGACUCUUCCACAGACCAUUGCACAUACAGUUGCAAAGGGCGGUAGAAGGACAGCGCAUAUUCCUCAGUCAGAAGCAUUGUCACGACCAGUAAUUCCAGCAGAAUUCGGCAGCAAAGUGCCCCAGAAUAUUCGUCAGCGAUAUCUUAAUUCUUUUAUUGAUGAGUGCCUUAAAUUUACUGGAGAAAAGACUGCAUUUAAAAUAGCAAUGGCAGAAGAACGAGUGUGUUACAAUCGUGCAUCUUCACGAAUGGUUUACCUUAAUCUAGCGGUCAAUGCUCUGAAGAGGUUACGGACACAACAGGCAGCUGGAGAAGCAGCUCAAGAACUUAUUGAUAAUGAUCCACAGUUUGGAGAAAGUUCAGAGCCUGAUGAACCUUCAACUUCAACAAAGCCAUCCUCAUCAGUCAGCUCUCCUGCACCGUCCAGAACCGCUUCUCAGCAUCCCAUCAACCCCAACCAUGUUAGACUAUCACAUUUCUCAGUUUUAGCCGUCGGUGGACAGAAAGGGUCUUGGAGUAUUGAGAAGCCCAAAAAGAACACUGUUGAUGUCAGUGAUUGCCUCAAAGGUUUAAACUUCUACAAAUUAAUGAAGAAAUAUGUACUCACUGAGGAACAGCUACGUGAGAAUGGUUACCCACUCCCUGACCCAGAUGAGAAGGGGAAAGCUAUAGUUGCAGUGAAAGACACACGAAAAAGAAACACUAAGGAGAUCCCCAGCAGGUGCUCCACAAGUCCAGCAACAACUCAACCAGCCCUGCUGCUGGACUCCCUAGGAACCGCAAAGCUCCGGCUAUCAAAUGGGUCGUGUCACAGAAUCUAUAAUCCAGAUGAAUCUACGAGGUACGGUGGUUAUGUUAAGAAACCCUACCCAAAUUACAACUUCACACUCACUGUUUCAUUCACAAGGAGACAAAGUCUGGAAAACACAUCUGUUGAUUGGCUUAGGGAGUGGAGCAUCUAUAAAGCGUAUAAUCAGGGUCGAGUGAACGGGGAUUGUGAGAUGUGUUACACUACAGCUGGGAAUGAACUUACUCGUGUUACUGUGAUAGACUCUGAGGGGAAAUCUGUCUAUGAACAGCUGGUUAAACCUGAGAAUCCUAUUAUUGAUUACAACACACGAUUUUCUGGAAUAACAGAGAGUGAUAUGGAAGAUGUAAGGACCACACUUUUUGAUGUGCAGGCAGCUUUACUAACACGUUUUUCUGAUAAGACCAUACUCGUUGGUCACAGUCUAGAGUCUGAUUUUCAAGCACUCAAGUUAAUUCAUGAUACCGUAGUGGAUACCAGUGUGGUGUUUCCCCAUAAGAUGGGUCAUCCCUACAAGCGUGCCCUUCGAAAUCUAGCCUCAGAAAUCCUAAAGAAAAUUAUCCAAAAUGAUGUGUCUGGCCAUGACAGUGCAGAGGAUGCAGUGACCUGUAUGCACCUUAUGCAGUGGAAGAUAAAAGAGGACUUGAAGAGAAUUAAAAAAUGAAUAAAAAUGUAUCAAGAUGUGAAUCAAUUCAUUUUACUACAUAGCGGUAUUACAGGAGAGUAAAGAUGUCAAGUUUGAUAUACAAUUUUUUGUUAAAAGUAUUGUUUUUACUCAUAUAUGAAAUUAAUGUUACAUGUUUACACAUGGUUGUUUGUAACUAUAUAAUCUAGGAAAUUUAUUACAUGUAAAGUCCAAUCUGGGCAAAUUUGGUUUUCUUCUUUCUUUUUUAGUCCAUGAAAAAAUAAAAAUUGCUAGUUUUUCUACUUAACAGAUAUUAGGGUUACAGAAUCUUUUGCAAUGGUUAUUAAGCAAUUGCCAAAAGUUCUGGGAUUUGAAGCAAUAAGGAGUUUCACUUUGUAUCAGUCACAUUAUAAAUAAUCAAAGAUUUUUGUUUUUAAAAGAACAGCAACUUUAUUAAGAAUUACAGUGUAACAAGUUUAUAACUUUUGCAGUCUGUAGAAAGAAUGGAAAAAAGUUCCACAAAAAAUCAUUUUGAUGAAUGAAACAGAUGAAGUACUCACACAUUGGAAAUUAAAGCAUUCCUUUAUAUGGUAUGUAAUGUGUAUACUGUAUAGUUUGUGGCAGCUACAUUCAUAUUUGAUAUGUUUUUUUUGCAACUUUAGCAUCAUGUAUCUUAAACCAAAGGAUGUAAUUUUACUCUAUUUAAUUUUUCUUUAGAAUAAGAUUCAGUGUUUACUGUUUAUGUCUUUGAUACUGUAACCAAUGUAAUCCCGAAAGCCUGACUAAUUGUACAGACAUACAUGUCUGCCUCAAACCCAUGCACUGAUGAACAGAAGUCCGCAUUCAAAAUUAGCAACAAUUUUUUUUUUUUCUCUCUCUCAUGUGUUAUAUGGUUUUAUUUCAAGAUAUAUCAAAUUAUUUUUACUUUGGUCAAAUUCAAAGAAGGAUCUGAUUUUUAUUUCACUUCCAGGUUGAAGAUAAAUCAAUAUGGGGUUGGAAUUACAAUUUGAAAAGAAGUGAGAUUUAACUUAAUUUAAAGAGAGACUGGAAGAGUGAAAGUAGAAAAGGGAGUAGGAAAGAGUGAGGAGAGAAAAGCAGAGAGCAGUAAAAAAAAUUAUAAUAAAAGAGCCUAGAUAAAGUCAAUGAGAGGCAUUUACAUAAAAUAAAGCAAACACCAAGGGUAUUUUACAGAAAUCAAGUGGAAGAGGAAGAAGGAAAGAUCCGGAUUAUUAAUGAAUAAGUGAUUGUAUGAAAGCAGGUGAUAUUGCAAUCUUGUAUGGUUUCUGAUCUUGCAUGGAAGCAACAUUACUUGGCAAUGAAGCACCGGAUAUGGGUGAUUUCUCUCUUGAAAAUGUAAAAUAUCUUUGGCUCUAGAAGCAUGUGCCUGAUAUAACUAAGGUUAUUUUUUGGUUGAAUUAAAGCAGGGUAAGUCUUUUUGUUCUUGUUAGAAUGGUCAUGUUAGUGUCCAUAUAUGUAGAAAUAGUUCACUGGGAAAAUUGAUUGUUAACAGAGCAUUCAAGCUUAUUUUAUUUAUGUUAUUAAAUUUUCAGCUUGAAUACAUUUUCUUUUAUCAUAUUUCUCUAAUAGCAUUUAUUAAGAUGAUGAGUCACCAUGACUGGAAGAGAGAAUGGCAGAAAUGAGGAUUAGUAGCAACUUGAGUUAUCACACUGUCAUGUUAUCAAGUAAAUGCAGUAGAAAUUUGUUCUUCUAAUUUUACAAAACAAAAUUUGGUUUUUGAUUGCUUUACCACAGCUAUGUAAAGACAUGGGUGAUAUUUUUUUAAAAGCAAGAAUUAUCUGAGAAAUUCAGUUGAAACAAACAAAAUCACAGUAUAUAUAGGUAAUAAACAUAACUUAAGCAAGAUGAGAUAUUAAAGAAGGUAACCAAUGUGGAAACAUCAGAUUUUUUUCUGUAUACUGAUCUACUUUCCAUUUCUGUUUGUUUAAUAUAACAUUAUUUUGCUGUUGAUCAGGAAAUAUGAAUAUCAUUGAAUCCUAAAAACAGUUAGCAUAAUUAUAUCAAAUAGUUUAGAAGGCACCUUAAUUAUGCUAUUUUACAGUGCAUUAUGUUUAGGUAAUUAUGAAUGUUUUAGAAAGUUCAACAAAGGGCAUUGAGUAAAGAGUUGUAAUUGAUUUUUUUUAUGUGUUAGGGGGGAAAAUUUCCCUUUCUUUAAUCUUAUCUACAUGGUUGAUAUGGUGCUGACUCGUAGUUUCCCUUAAUCAGGUAUCUCCCCCCCCCCCCCAUCAAGUAUUUCAGGUUUUGGAAGUAUGAAACAUGCUGUAAUAAGGUUCUACUGCAGAUUUAAUGAAAGAUAAAACAUCACAAGUGUUGGAAGAUACAAGUAUUAAUUUGUAAUGAUGAAUGUAAGGAGUGGUUUGAGCACUUAAUGUAAGGUGUCAGUUGAAUGCUACAUAUACGGGAUACCAAAUCAUAGCUAUUACUACAUGAUACAUUAACAAUGGUACAAACAGGAUGUACAUUCUUUCAUUCUUAUUAUUUUUCUAUUUGAAUAGUACACAUUUAGCUAUAUUGGUUCCCUAGCUCUAGUCAAACUACUGUGCUUCUUUGUGAAUUAUUUCAACAGCAAUAAAAUGUAAAAGCUCCAUUCUAUGGGGAAAAAAUCUUA